AUGAUUCUGAAAUUGGUAUCUGCACAAGAUUACCCACAAGUAGCAAAGCCUGGCUGUGAUUCGCAGUGUGGAGAUAUUCAAAUUCCAUUUCCAUUUGGAAUGAAUGAUUCAGAAUGCUACGCAGGGAAAUGGUUUGAAAUAGAAUGCAGAAACACUUCCACGUAUCAAACACCUUACCUCAAGUCAAUAGGAGUGCAGGUGAGAUUCAUUGAUGUCCAACAUGGCAUAGUUAAUAUCAACAAUCCCAUUGACCGUAACAACUGCGGAAGCAAAGAUUCUAGGCCGGUGAAGCAGUCGCUGGAAGGAAGUCCUUUCGUGUAUUCGCAGGAGCACAACAAAUUUGUGGCCGUAGGUUGCAAUAUAAUUACUUUUUUGCAGGUGAAUGGGUCAGAAGGCAGUGGUUGUGUGUCCAUCUGCGACGAGGACUUCAAGGUGGAUGAUAUCGGGAAAAUGGAGCUUAAAAACAGUGAUUGUGAUGGGAAGUCCUGCUGUCAGAAUUCCCUGCCACCGUAUCUUAAGGAAUACAGCACUGAAGUAAAAGGUUUCAAAGAGAAUGAAACGGAUG